AUGCGAGUGCAUCGCCUGAAUGUUCGACCACGACGGAACCCACAGGAGCAAAGGUGGAGGGUUACCAAUCCAGAAGAAGAGAAGGUUUCGAACCACCUGGGUUCGCCUGCCAACAUCACGGCACAAUUUCACCUGGCCACGCGGAUACCGCUUGCAGUCGACAACAUCUCGAACUCCUCUCCCACACUGACCGCUUUUGUGAUGACAGCGGUGCAAGGAGUCAAGUACUUCCUUACAGGGGAUUCAGUUUCGGGAGCGCACCGGAUUUUGGCCGCGAAGGGCUGGCAGGAGACAUUGGGAGUAAAGAAGAUUGAUGCUGCGGAGCUGAAGAAAGCCUAUAGAGAACUGGCCCUUUUGCAUCACCCUGACAAGGGUGGAACAGAUGGUGAGAUCUUCAAGCUUGAUGGCCUGAUUGCGGUAAAGCGCGCGGAAGAGCUGGCUCUCAAAGCGCAACCAGGGCAUUUUGCAGAGGAUGUGCAGGAGCGACAGUGGCCCUUGCAUCCGGCCGCGGCAAAGGUUCGCGUCCGGACUGCUGUAGAUCAGUGGGAGCAUGACUAUGACUUGGGGGAGGUGCCUUCUGUGCCCGAUGAUAUCCCGGAGGUGGGUGCCGAGCAGCUGGCUGAAUGGCUGAAACAUGGAACGGCUGUGGUGCUGGACUGCCGUGAGCGCAUCGAGGCCCAGUACGAACGCAGGACUCCGCUGGUACCUGGGGCGAUUCCCAUCAGCUUCGGGGACCUGCGUGCUGCACCAGAUUCUUUGUCCAGACACUUGGUGAGGCUUACUGAGAGCUCGUGCCAGGUAGUCACCUUCUCAACACAUGGGGGUACCACUGGAAACUGUGGCAUGUGCGCUGCUCUUCUGAUCGAUGUUUUUGGGAUGAGCUCCGACCGCUUUUGGCGUUUGGAGGGUGGCCUUGACGACUGGAUUGCUUGGGCAGUACAGAACUCCAACAGCAUUGACGCGUUACCAAACAGAUCUGCUCUCGAGGGCUUUUGA